CUCAGAGCGGAGCCAUCUGAAUCGCUACUGUUUCUGAUUGUACUCCUCAUCUCCUCCUCGGGGUCCGCGCCUGUACUUCACUGAGCAGCUCUUCAAGCAGGGACAGGGAAGCUGUCAGUGUUCAAACACCAAGCGUAAACUUUUCUGUGUGACUUCAUCUUGGUCGAGGGUGUUUUUUUUUCUUUCACAUUUUCUUAGGAAAUGCAUCAGUAUGCUUCAAUUGAGACAUUUUUAUGUGUUUUCAGACUCCACACAUUCAACCCCAGGAAAUGGCGUUGACAAAAAAAGUGGGCUACAAGUGCCGCAUAGCCACAGUUCUCUUCCUCCUCUUGGCUAGCAUUGCUGGGCUCAUCGCUGUUGCUGUUAUCCAGCACAAUUGGAGGUCCAUGGAGUAUACCUUAGAGUAUGGCAUAGUAAUUGACUCGGGAUCAUCUCGGUCCAACAUCUAUUUGUACGAGUGGCUGGGGGAGAAGGAAAAUGAAACAGGAGUUGUGAUGGAGAAAUUGAACUGCAACGUUUCUGGUGUUCCAAUCUCUGAAUUGAAAAUUGACCCGAAGAAAGAUGCACAGACAUGGGAAGGCUUCAAAAAAUGCAUGAAAAAUGUCUUGGCAGCCAUUCCUGUUGAAAAGCACAAAACAACGCCUCUCUUCUUGGGAGCUACUGCUGGAAUGAGACUCUUACAAGAGAAAGAUAUGCAGCGGGCUAGCGAAAUCCUGAAUAGUCUGGAAGUAUAUCUCCAAUCUCUGCCCUUUGACUUCCAAAAUGCAUCCAUCAUUACUGGUCAGGAGGAAGGACUGUACGGCUGGAUUACUGUCAACUAUUUGAUGGGAAACUUUCUUGAGAAAAGCAUAUGGAACACCUAUGUUCGUCCACAAACAUCUAAGACUGUGGGCUCAAUGGAUCUUGGUGGUGCAUCAACACAAAUCGCCUUUGCGGUUGAUGAAGAGCUCAAUGGACCUGACUACAUGCACAUCAAGUUGUAUGGCUACCCUUACAAUGUCUACACUCACAGUUUCCUCUGCUAUGGCAAGAAUGAAGCUGAGAAGAGGGUUCUGGACAAAGUCAUUCAGGAAUUAUCGAAUGCAGAGGACAUUAACAACCCCUGCUACCCCAUUGGUGUGAAUGUAACCAUUCAGGCCUCAGCCAUUUAUGACACAAAGUGCACAAAGAAACCCAAGAAUUACAGUCAAGAUCAACAAUACUUCAUGGUGGGAUCUGGCAACUCAGACCAAUGUGGGAGAAUAGUAAAUUCCAUAUUUGAUUUCACCAAUUGUUCCUCGGCUCACUGUUCUUUCAACGGGGUUGAGCAGCCGCCAGUCACUGGGGAAUUUAUGGCAUAUGCUGGCUAUUUCUAUGUAGCUAGAGCUUUGUUGAUGAAUGAAUCAACCAAAACCAUCAAACCAGCAACGUAUGAUGAAUUCAAUACCUCAAUCAUCGAAUUAUGUAAUGCACCUUGGAGUGAGCUGAAGGAUCAAAAGACAUGGGUCUCAGACAAACACCUACGCACGUAUUGCUUUGCAAGUCAUUACAUCUUCGCUUUGCUGACGAACGGUUACAAAUUUGACACAAACACGUGGAAAGACAUUCACUUUCAAAAAGAGGUGAAGAACACCAGUGUAGGUUGGAGUUUGGGCUACAUGCUUAAUAGCUCCAGUAUGAUCCCGUCUGAGAUGAAUGAAGUCUUCCCAUUGACUGAUCCUGUCUUUGCCGGUCUUAUCUUUUUAUUUUCAGCUCUGACCGUUGUUACUGUCAUCUUGAUUUUCAUCAUUCUUAUUCGCACAUGCUACUAAGUUGGUCCAAGCAUGCCUUAGAUCAUUUCACAUGUUUGUAUGGAAGACCUUGGUGUUAUCCUAAAAUGAACUGGAAGAUUUAAAAGACAGAUUAUUGUUUACCAAGGAAUAUUAAGAGCCGGAUUUAAGAGAAAAUUAACACUGAUUAGUUGUAAUUAAGACAAUGAAGUGGAAAUAUUAAAAGAAAACCAUUUUAUGGGAGGAAGAAAAAAAAGAACACACGGAGGGAGGGGAAGGGCAUUUAAAUUACAAGACAAAUAAGUAGCUUCUUUCAUGUUUCAUGUUAGCAGGAUUAAGACAAAUCCCAAAAGGUAGCAGAUUACCACUAAAUAUAUGUUGAAGCUCUUGGCUUUUGCUUGUGAAUGGCUGCAAUAUCGGGAAAAUUCCCUUGUAAACUUAGAAUAAAAAUGUCUUGUAAAAUUGUCACACCAGAGAAAAAGUAUGGUUAACAACUCUGCCAAAUUUGAAUGAUCAAACGAAAAAAUAAAUCGUCUCCACUCUCGAACACAGCAAGCGUGUCGGCUGAAAUCACACACCGCUCAACUGUCAAUCAAAUCUUACGUCAAGCAUCUUUCCUCCCGACAUGUUUGAGCUGCAAAAAUACAUCUCGUCAAAGACUUAUCACCCUUGUCCGCUGUGUGAACCUCCUUGCGCGAUGGUGUGUCGGUUUGUAGGCCCACAUAUCAGAGACACUUCAUUGAAACGCAACCUUUUUUUCCACACUCGCCAUUUAGCCCGUGGCUCGCGCUGCAUGACAGACUUAAGCACAUAUUUCCUGCUACUUACAGUACAUACCCAUGUUUACAUUCCAACAUAUUAUGGUUGUCUGAAUAACACAAAACACAUCAAUCCAUCCAUCCAUUGCAUCUCACUUGGAAAUUAUAAAUAACAACACUGAGCUGAACUGUAAAUUGUAGCAUCCAGGGAAGAUGUUUUUAUUUAAUUUUUUUUCAGGCUAUACUGUAGACACAGCUAACUGGAUAACUGCAUGCUGUAGUGAUGAAUUAAUUAACUUGAAGUUGCGUCGUAUACAAAGCCACUGACACGAAUAAAGGUGCUCAGGUCCUUAUUUUAGCUGCAGUGCGAACACUAUUUUAUCCAA